GCCUGGAUAGAGAGGAGCCUGUCCAAGCCAAUAUAGAGCAAGUGGGGAGUAAAAGAAGAAUCCCAAACGUAAGGACAAACGAUACAACUCACAUGUAAAAGACGACGAUGCCUGGCAGCUUGGCACCUGCACUAAUGAAGCCAGUACCCUUACAUACUUUCUCUUUUUGGCUGGUUCUCUUUUUGGCUGGCUUCCUUGGCUUGUGCUUUACUAACGGGUUUGUGAGAAGUCCRAAGAACCACACGCUGAUUUUCACCAGGGAAAGCACAAUUCGCAACUGCAGCUGCUUGGCAGAUAUCCGGGACUGCGACUACAGCCUGGCCAACCUGAUGUGCAACUGCAGAACGGUGCUGCCUUCCACCAUGGAGAAAACACGCUACAACAGCGACCUGACCAUUUGGUUCACGGACACCUCUGUGCUGGAGAUGCUCCUUAACUUCACGAGCGUGUGUGAUUUGAAGCUCUCCUUCUGCGGCACCGCUCCGCUCCCGACCGAAUAUUUGACCAUCUGGGGCCUGCGAAAGCUCCGGGUGAAAAACAAGAUCAAGGGAGAGUUUCCAGAGCAGAGCGUAACCAUCUAUAGUAGCAGCAACGGUGAGAAAGGGGACCCGUUUGCAGUGCACAACAAAGACAGGCAAAUGUUUGUAUAUAUUUCCUUUCUGGAUACCUCUCUUUUCAAUGGAUAUUCUUUGCUGAAGUCCUACAGUGUGGAAAAUGUCUCUAGCAUCACAGAGUACUUUCCGAGCCUGCUGUACUCUGAUGUUUUCUCAACACCUGAUAACAAGAGCUAUGUUGUAACGUUCAUUUACUGAGCUGGUUAACACACUCAGCAGCCAGAAACACGGUACCUGCUGAGAGAGAGAUGGGACUUCUGUGACUCUGUUUGGUUUGGCCAGGAAAAGCCUUUAUGGGUUUGGGCGGCUUUGACAGUGAUAGCAGUCCACAAGGAAGUAUUGAAAAUGACACAGACUCAUCAAACCAAUCCAGUAAGCACUGUCUUAAUGAACAGGGACAAUGUGGAAUGACUGUUUUAGAAAGUAUCAGUAUAAAUUCCGUUUAUAUGUGGUAUUCCAAGAAGGGAAAUCUGCAGCCACCUCGGUUUUGAGGGUGUGUGUGUUUUUAUUCAGACAGGAAAAAACAAACGCAACUUCCUCCAGCUGUCAAACAGCGUGAGCCUCCCGCAGGAUCACCCUUUUCAGCUUGCUGUCCUCCAGGCCCUUCUGCAGGGCUGCUGCCCGCCAGGAUGAGUGUGCAGGAUCAGUCCUUCCUGGGCCAGGACUCUGAGUUGGUCACUGUUAAAUUUCUUGAGGUUCCUGACAGCUCAGGCCUGGACUUCUGGUGUUACAUGCAGUAAACCUGCAAAAUGUAUAAGACUGAUAGAUUAUGGGUGCCUGGCUAACAACAGGGAACAUUCGUGAAUAUCUGAAGCUGUGGGGCCUAGGAAGGGGAGGCACUGGGCCCAAAACGUAAUGGCUUCAAUUCCCGGUGUUGCUGUGGCCUAUAAAACAGAACCAAAGCCAGUGACCACUUUUAUAAUUAAUGUACUUUGAGACCGACCUAUGAAGUGCUGUGUAAGAAUUUGGUAGUGUAAGAUAUGU